GCCUUAAGGAUUAAAAUUAAGGCUAUGAGAAACCCUGGUCGUUGUGGAAGGCAUCGGAGGCAAAAGCAUAACAUUAAAUCUGUUAUUUCAGAGUCUCAUUUACCUGAAAUCAUUAGAUUCCAACAAUGGAUGAAACAUUCUUUGCCUGGAAGGCAACAUAGUGAUUGUAAAACUCACUUAGAGCCAGCCCACUUCACAGACACUGGCAGAGGCUUAAAAUGUCUCUAUCGCAUUGAAGAAGGUGAUGUUGUUGUUUCAAUACCAUAUCAUUUGCUGAUUACAACUAAUUUAGUCUUCAGCAGUGACUUACAACCUAUUAUUGAAAGAGUUGGCAUCAUGUUCACACCACAACAGCUUCUGACGGUCUUUUUGAUUAGUGAACUAUUCAAAAAAGAACAUUCUUUCUGGCAUCCUUACAUAAGCUUACUUCCAAAUGUAUAUUUUUCUUCUGUUUAUUUUUCACCUGAAGAAAUGAAAUUACUAACCAAAAGAGCACAUUGUCUAGCUCUUGAGUAUAGAGAAAGAUUUGAAGGAGCAAGAAAAAAAAUUUUGGAAUUCAUCAACACACAUGUCCCAUGGUGUGAAGGCAAAGUGAGUCUAGAACACAUCAAAUGGGCAUGGUCAACAAUUGACACACGUUCAGUGUACCUACUGACAGAAGAACAUCCCUUACUGGUUAUUGAUCCAGAGGAAAGUCAUGUUGCUCUUGCUCCAUUGCUUGAUUUCUUAAACCACAAGGAUACAGCUCAGGUAAGGGCUGGCAUAAACCCAGGAUCCCUCAGCUAUGAGAUAAUUACAGAUGAUAAAUACAAGAAAUAUGAACAAGUGUUUAUAUCAUAUGGUCCACAUGACAAUACAAGACUUGCUAUCAAUUAUGGAUUCACUCUGCCAAAUAAUAUUCACAAUGUCUUUCAUUUUUCAUUAGAGGAUAUCAAGGCCUGUUUAAAUGUAGAUAGUGCAAGCUUGGGGAAAAAACAAGCAAUUAUUCAAGAAAAUGGAUUUGAUCUCAAUUUGUUUUGCAAUAAAGAUGGCCUGAGCUGGUCUCUGAUGGUUGCAUUAAAAAUUUUUACUAUUCCAAAAGAAUUUUUAUCUUUAUGGAAGACAAUAUCUCAUGAUGCUUCAACUUCCUCAGAGUACACUAAUCUUGCUUCUAAGUUGGCAAUAAGAUUAUUAACAGAAGCUCUUUUGAAAGUUCAACAUCAUCUACAGUAUGUGGUGAUGCAGCCGAAAUCAACACACUUUCACAUUGCAGAGAAGCUUGCAUUGGAUGAUGUACAUAUUUUACAGGCCUCUUUAAAAGUAGUUCAGUCACAAUUCAUUUCUUGAAUAACAUGGCAAUGUCUACAAGAAAAUAUAACAAAAUACAGCUUAAGGGACAUUUUUCUCAUGGUAAAAAAAAAGUUUAAUUUAUCUAAACAAGAUUUAAACCUAAAGCUUGUAGUUUAGCCUAGUAGUUUAAUGAUUUGCUUAUUUGUAAAAAUUUGUGUAAUUAUGACUGACAUUGUAAUAUAUAUUUGACAGUAAAGAAUGCCACAUUGAAAACAUUUAUUUAAAAUAAAAUUUACAAACCAUUUUGAAA